CCUAAAGGUCCUGAUUACCUGAGUCAAUAAAAGCCAGUGUGUGAGCAGCUCAUGCGCAAUGUGACUUCACCACCACAUCCUGCCUGAAUCCUGAACCAACAAUCUGUCAGCUCAAACCACUGGUUUCGGCUUUUUUUAACUCUGCAGAUCAUAAAAAGUUCACAGCCAGCCUUUUCCCCUGCCACCGCUCCACACCUCAUUACAAUGCCUCAUCGCAACUGCUCUGUUGAGAUUAACAACAACUCUGGCUGCUACACUCUCGCCAAUCCAAGGGUGUUCACUGAGAGCGGCUGCUGUGAAGUCCCUCUGCCACCCAUGGUGGGUCCCUGCUCUGCUGUCAGCGCACUGUUCAACAAGACCACCGGCGCUGCCACCGGCGCUGUUGGCGUCUUCACCUACGACCUCUUCAACGCAGACCUGAAUGACUACAGCCACGUCAUGGCUGUCAUGUUCUCCGUGCCCUACGACCGAAACCUCUACUCCAACUGGUUCGCUGUGGGCAUCUUUGACAGAGGACACGACUGCGACUACAAUCUUUAUGAUAUUAUGUAUAAUGGAAGUGAAAACAAUUUUGUGAGAGCAAAGGCUGAUGGCUCGUGCAUUUCUUAUGAGGGCGAUUAUGUUAUUGUCAGUGCCUCCAUGUCAGACUCAGGUGAAGCAGUCCUGAGGGUGGAUAUCAAUGAUACUGGCAUGUAUUAAGUCAAAAGAAAGAUCCUACUGUUGUUAUGUAAACCAUAUGAGAAUCAAUAUACUUAAAUAUGAGGGCACAUGAGUGUACACUAAAUAUUGGUUAUUUCAGGUGUGAUUUUCAAAAGUUGAUGCCUAAUUACAAAUAAAAAACAAGACUUUUGUGUGUCCAUCAAA